ACCUUCACCAUCACUAGAAAAGCCGGAGAGCAUAACACCACCGCGUCACUUUGAGGGCGGAUAUCGGCCGGUCCUCAUCCUCUCUUCCUCCUCCUCCUCCUCUUCCACCUCCUUCCCUGCGCUCUCUCACUCGGUUUUCCAUCCAGUCUUCAUGGUUCUGAUCUCACCCCACGCCAUGCAAGCCACCCGGGCGUCCACCACCGUCAGUGUGUUUGCGGACUGCAGCAUCCCGGCCGGGCUCCGGAUAGGACCGGUACCGGGCAUCUUCAAACUCGGGAAGUACGUGUCGGACCGUAAAGAAGUUGGACCCAAGAAGAAGAUCCGCCUGGUUCGGGGGGAGUUCGUAGAUGAGUCGGGCUGUCCUGUGCCAGACUGGAUCGGAUUUAUCCGCGCCGCCAGGAACAGUCAGGAGCAGAACUUGGAGGCUGUAUCAGACCUACCUGGAGGACAGAUAUUCUACCGCGUGCUGAGAGAGAUCCCUUCAGGAGAGGAGCUUAGUGUUUGGUACUCCAACGCUCUGGCCCAGUGGUACGACAUCCCCACCACGGCCACUCCCACGCACGACGAGAAAGGUGAGGAGCGUUACAUCUGCUGGUACUGCUGGAGAAUAUUCAAAUAUCCGAACACGCUCAAGGCCCACGUCCACUUCCACUGCGCUCUGAGCAACGGGCGGGGGUUUGUGAACAGCGAGCAGGCCAGAGGCACGGAGACUUUCAGCAGGUCGCCAAAGUCUGGAGACAUCCCGAACACUUCCAGCUCUCCGAGGAGCGCUCACAGUAACUCCUCUAUCUCAGACUCUGGCAGGCGGGCGGUGUCCUCCUCCACCUCGCCGUUUCUACACAAAGUGUCAAAGAAAAGCAGCUCAGAGGAGCAGGACAGGGCCCUCGAUAUGAGCGUUACCUCAGCCAGAAACCAAGGACACAUCAUCGGCCUCGGCGCCACCUCCUCAGUGCUGAGCAGCAUGGGCUUCCACCCGGGUGUGCGCUCUGCCUUUAAACCCACCGGCAUCUCCAAAGUCCCGAGCGCGGACGCCUCCAGAGAGGACGCAAACGGGAAGCUGAGCGGCCUGGGUUUCAGCAAACUCAUUGGGAACAUGAAACCUAUCCGUAAUGUCGGUGAGACUCUAAACGGCGUAGGGAGCCACCCCCCCAAGUGCACACCUGCAAUUAUGGACUCCGCAGCUCCAAUGGUACCGUGCGCAAACGCCAUUCGAGGUUUCCCGUUGCUGCCUCACAUGGAGGAGACCUCAGCGUUUAAGCACGUGGAGAGCCGGAUGCACCCCGGCCUGUCCCCGUCCCGGUAUCCCCAGAUGCCCCCUGGACUUCAGUUUGAGAGGUUCUCUCUCCCUCACUUCGAUGGUGUCAAGACGUAUGGCGGAGACUGUAACAUCCCACUCAUGCCCCUGACUGUCUAUAACGGGGAGCUUCUGUACAGUUCACCUUACUAUCCACUUAAAUUCCACUUCAGCAACCUCCUCAAGUACCCGGAGUCCAUGUCCUACUUUAGUGCGCCCUCACUAAACCACGACCUGGGCUCAAUCACCAACAUCGACCGGGAGAUCGCUAUGCAUACGCAACAGCUGUCAGAAAUCGCCGCUGAAAAGAACCGGACGAGGCUGGACUCGUUGCCGGCCGGGAGCGCUAGCAACGCCGGGUCUGGCAAACCGAAAAAGGGACACCUGUGUCUGUACUGCGGCAAGCUGUACUCCAGGAAAUACGGCCUGAAAAUCCACAUGAGGACUCACACAGGUUACAAGCCGCUCAAGUGCAAAGUGUGCUUCAGGCCGUUUGGAGACCCCAGCAACCUGAACAAGCACAUCCGGCUCCACGCGGAGGGGAACACGCCCUAUAGGUGCGACUUCUGCGGGAAGGUGUUGGUGAGGAGGAGGGACCUGGAGAGGCACGUCAAGUCCAGACACCCGGGGCAGACCGUGAAGAAGCUGGACGACAAACCGGGCGGCCUGUUCGAGGACGCGGAGCAAAAGAGCGAUAAUGACAGUGACGUGGACGUGUGCUUCACCGACGACCAGAGCGACCAAGAGUCGAGCAAAAACAAUGAUUGAGAUGUUUUUAUCAUUGACUUUAAAUUAUGUACACAAGAAAACAUGUCAUUUAGUCUUGUAAUGAAUCCUGAUUUUUUUUUUUUUUUACCUUUCAGUCCCAAGAGCGCACAAGACACCAAAUCUUCCAAACUGAAUGACAAUUCGCUGUUUUGUUUGGUGUUUUGUCCAUGACAUUAUAGAGAAAAAAAUCCAUGUAUUUAGUCGUUAGUCACAAUAAUGGGGCAGGUCAAACGCUCUUUGUCUCGCUCCUUCACUGCAACAAUGUCUCUCUGCUCUGCCUGUGGGAUUUGGCACGCCUUCUUAUCCAUUCUAAAACAAAGUCUGGUGCUGCAGACAGUUUAUUCAAAAUGCAACCAUAUUUGUUUCAUACUUUUAAUGCAAAUUGGGAAAUAUGUUUUUAUCCACUGCGUCUUAAAAUACUGACUAUUCAACAAACCCAUCAAAGCACACAAAACAACAAGGAUGACACAUCACUGACAUUUUCAGUCGCUUUAAGAAAGAAAAGGCUGAAUAUGCGAAUAAAUUUCACCUAAGAUAUAUACUUUGCAGUGUCAUAAAAGCAGCGAUUGUAUUUUGUAAUGACAAAGAAAGAAAGGGGAGACUUAACAAAAGGCCUGAUUAAAAAACAAACAGCACUACAUUCCAUCACACUUGAUAUAUGACGCAUUCUGGGAAUAAGCUGCAAAAGAAUAUAAUUCUUUUUUUAUUUUGUUGUGUUUUAAUUGUGGAAAAAAUCCCCACAUUCCCUUCUUAACUGCCAGUUGCACUUUAAAAACAGCAAUGGGUAUUUCAUUCCGACAAAACACAUGCGUAAUAAUGAUUAAAAUCCAACUUCAUCCCAUCCCCUGCGCCUCACUGAGUAACAAACACACUGUACUAAAAUUUGCACUUUCUUGCCGAGGCCACGCUGUUCUUAAAGAAGCAGCCAGCAGCAGCAGCGCCCAGUUAAUUUAACGAAUUAUUUCUAGAGAAAGAAAAUUGUAUUGAUUGCAGUUAUAGCCUAUG